AUGGGGUUACUUUCAUUGAUUGUGUUUAGCACCUAUGUACUUGCAAUGUGGUAUGGUUCCAUGUUAGUCCUUGAGAAGGGAUAUACUGGUGGAACUGUUACGAGUGUAAUCAUAGCUCUUAUGACCGGUGGAAUGUCAUUGUGUCAGACAUCUCCAUGCGUAGAUGCAUUUACUGCAGGACAAGCAGCCGCGUAUGAAAUGUUUGAGACGAUUAAAAGAAAGCGUAAAAUUGAUGCAUAUGACACAAGUGGUGAAAUCUUGGAGGACAUAAAGGGGGAUAUUAAACUCAAAUAUGUUUACUUCAGAUACCCUGUAAGGCCGGACGUGCAGAUAUUUGUUGUAUUUUCACUGUUUGUUCCAAGUGGCACAAAUACUGCUUUGGUGGGUCAAAGUGGAAGUGGAAAGUCUACUGUGAUCAAUUUAUUGGAAAAAUUCUAUGAUCUUGAUGCUGGAGAAGUACUUAUAGAUGGUGUGAAUUUGAAGAAAUUGCAACUUAAAUGGAUAAGGGAUUAUAUUUGGUUGGUUAGUCAAGAGCCUAUAUUGUUUACUACUACUAUCAGAGAGAACAUGGAGUAUGGGAAAGAAGGUGCAACUGAUGAGGAGAUAACAAUGGCAAUAACACUUGCUAAUGUGGAAAAGUUCAUCGACAAACUGCCUGAGGGCCUUGACACCAUGGCGGGACAAAAUCGUACUCAACUUUCUGGUGGGCAAAAGCAAAGAAUCGCAAUUCCAAGAGAAAUAUUGAAGAACUCAAUAAUCCUGUUUCUUGAUGAAGCAACAAGUGCGUUGGAUGCUGAGUCUGAACGUAUUGUUCAAGAAGCUUUAGAAAAAAUUAUGUUUAAAAGGACUAUUGUUGUUGUUGUGCAUCAUUUAACAACUAUCAGAAAUGCAGACACAAUAGCAGUGGUUCAUCAGGGAAAGAUCGUGGAGAAAGGUUAUACUUGA